AUGUCAGGAAGCGGCGACCCCAUCGAGGCGGCCAUCUUGCACGGCAUUGAUGCGCAACCUGCCUCGUCGUAUCGCGAGGACCGCCGAGCAGCAGCAGCGGCGGCACAGGGUUCCGACCACUCUGCUCCCAACACCGACGACGAGCUCGGAUCGGACUUGCCCGACGACGACGAUGAUGGUGAUUACUUCAACGACGAUGACGAUGCAGAUGCUCCGUCGUCUCGCUCUGCUGCUGUGGACAGCAGCGCCAUCAAAGGCCUCCAACGCUCGCGUACUGCCAACCGUGGUGAGGAGGGCGCGUCCAAUACCGGCCCGAAAGGCGUGCUGCGCGAUCGACAGCUUCGAGCACAACAAGAGUCAGCCGCACGCUCCGCCUCCAUUCACGCUACUAACCGACAGAUGCAAGCCAUGGCGCUGUCAUCCGAGACGUACGCCGAGCAGGUCGCCCGAGAGAAACGCGAGCACGCUGAACGGCUGCAGCGUGAGAACCGCGACACGGACGACGACGACGACGAGCACGACGCAGUGAGCCAGACCGCCAUCGCCGACCUGCAGGCCAAAGAGCGACGUCGAGAGAUGCGUAUUUCCGAGCUCAAGUCGUUCCACUCUGCUCGCCACAGCGCGCUCAUCUCGGGCGACCCGGCUUCAGCCUUCCCCUCAGCGACACCAAGCAGCGAUCGAUACUUUGGCCAUCUGCGCGAAGUCGACGAACGCGGAUACGUCGCUUCGAUCGACAACGAAGACCCGCAUGUCACCAUCAUUAUCCACAUCUACUCGAAAGCCGUUGCUCAGUGCAACGCGCUCACCGCCUCGCUGGCCUCGCUUGCACGCGUAUACCCCCACACCAAAUUCCUCCAGGUCCAAGCGGCAGCCAUUGGCUUCGGUCGUUCGGGGGACGAGGAUGAAGAGGAUGGCGAGGAAGAGUUUGACGAGUACAACUCAAAGACGCUCCAGGUGCUGCCGACCGUGUUGGUGUACACGGCGGGAAAGCUGGUAGCCAAUUUGGUGAGGUUAGACUUGGAUCCGUUGUGGCGUCAGGGUACGGAGCAGGAUGUGAGAGAUCUGCUGCUGUCGCAUGGCGCGUUGCCGUCGGAGAAUGCGGGGAAAACGAGAGCGCCGACGAAUACGAGUGCCAAUGGCCAUGAUGAUGAUGACACUUGA